AUGCGCUUGUCAACGGUCGCUGGCCUGGCCUCUGCUGCCACUCUCACCGCGGCUCAAGCUCCAAGCAUCAACGACUACACCACCGCAGAUAUCGCGAGCGGCAAGGCUUUCCAGAACAUCUCCACCAUCGCCGACGAAUCCAUCCGCUCCAACAUUGGAUCCAGGACAAGCACCCAAUGCACAUACGACAAUGCCGACGUGCGAAAGGAAUGGCGAACACUCCCCCAGGCCACGCGCAAGAGCUUCACCGACGCCGUCGUUUGUCUGCAGAAGCUGCCACCCCAGCGCAUGACCGACGUCGAAGCGCCCGACUACCCAGGUGUGAAGUCGCGGUUUGACGAAUAUGUCGCCACCCACAUCAACUACACCAUGAACAUCCACGACACCGCAGACUUUCUGGCGUGGCACCGAGCCUUCGCGCAUUACCUCGAGCAAGACCUCAAGGACCUCUGCGGCUACACCGGUGUUUUGCCAUACUGGAACUGGGCGGAGGACUGGGAGGCUCCUCAAGACAGCCCACUCUUCACAGGCGAUGCAUACAGCUUGGGCAGCAACGGCAAGUACGUCUCUGGUCGCAGUGACACCUGGCUCGCACAGCAAGAUGUCACCUACCCACCAGGCACGGGAGGUGGGUGCGUGCAGACAGGUCCGUUCAGCCAGUACACCGUCAAUCUCGGCCCACUUGACCUCCCCAACGCCAACAACGUCAACUCGUCGUUCGAAUACAACCCACGUUGCCUGGAGCGCGACAUCAACCCGUUCUUCUCCAAGAACUACAACACCUACACCAACCUCACCACCCUCAUCCUCGAGCAGAUCUACAUCGAGGACUUCCAAGGCCUGAUGCAAGGCUACGACAGCGACACGAACAAGUUCGGUGUCCACGGUGGCGGACACUGGCAGAUCGGAGGCUCGAUGAUGGAUUUUCACUCCUCGCCCGCAGACCCUCUCUUCUACCUCCACCACGCCAUGGUCGAUAACGUCUGGACCAUCUGGCAAAACCUCGACAUCUACCGCCGCCAAAACAUCAUCCGCGGCACCAACACCCUCGGCUGCGCUGCGCCCGACUGCCCGGAGAUGGAGCUCAGCGAUCAACUUCCCUUCGGCUUCGUGGCUGAAGACCCGACGUUUGGUGAUCUGAUGGAUACUUUUGCGGGGCCGUUCUGUUAUCGGUAUGAGUAG